AUGGGAGCGCUGGUACAAGAGACGUGUGGUAGCUUUUCAGUGCGCUUAACGUCAAGGUCUCUAGUCACUUCAACACCCUUUGAAACAACCAACACCCCCGAAGGGGCGCUUUCGCCCACGCUCAGAGCGACAGACUUUGGAGUUUUUCUCAAACCUGGGAAGCAUGGGGUGCAGAUGACAGGGGCGGGGGUAAAGGGGGAAGGCGGCGAAGAUUACCGACGCGCUGUGUCAGGGGCCGUGGGCGGGGUGGGCGGCGUGGGCGGGGUGGCCACUCCUGGUGGUCGUGGCCGCUACUACCUGCGCUCUGACUACCCCCACCACGACCCCCAUCCCCCUCGCCAUGACUACCCGCCCCGAGACUACCUGCCGGAGAAGCUUGACGACUUGUACCCCCGCCACAAGGAGGACUUCUUCAGCCACAGACCCAAGGAGCGCGACGACCUGGCGGGGGGCUAUGGGCCGCCCACCCCGGAGGAGCCCUUCACGCGGACGCCCUCGGCUCGCGGGCCUCGCCUCCCGCAGGAUCCCCGCCUGCAGCAGGAUCCGCGUCUCCAGCAGGAUCGGUUUCCCAGGAUGCCCGACUACCCCCCUCCGCCGCCCACGCCCGAGGCGAGGGGCGGCGCGGGCGGCCUGUACGGCGUGGGCGGCGGCGAGCGGGUGUCGCGCCUGUUGGAGCUGUAUGGGACGCUGGACGGGCGGGGCGGGGGCGCCUCGGCGGCCGUGGGCGGCGGCGGCGGCGGCGGCGGUGGCGGCGGGGUAGCGGUGCCCGCGGGCUCUCGCUCGCACCACGACCUGUACGGUUCGCUGGACGGUCGCACGUCGCGCCUCUCCGACAUCUUCCCGACGAGCGAGGCGGCGCGGCUGCGGCAGAACGCGGAUUUCCGGCAGGCGGACGAGACCCGCUCGCUGUCGGGGCGCGAGGGCGUGUUGGCAGACCUGUGCCGCCGAAGGGAGCUCCCACCCGCGCCCCCGGAGUACCGCCUGCAUGAUUACCGCCCACGACAUGACUUCCGCGGCGCCCCCAAGCCGCAGGCGCAGCAGCCGCCGCCGCCGCCGCAGCCGCACGACCAGGACGUGAUCGAGAAUCCGAUGUACGACGUGGAACGCCGCGGCGCCCCGGCUCCCCCGCGGACGCCGGGGCCGCGGCCGCCGUCGGCCAACCCGCCUACGCCGACGCCGGCGGGGCACCACCCGCACCACGCUCACCACCCAGCGCACCAGGCCCACCAGGCCCACCAAGCCCACCAGGCCCACCAGGCCCACCAGGCUCACCAAGCUCAUCAGGCGCAGCACCAGCAUCACCACCAGCAGCACCCAGCCCACCAGCCCCACCAGGCGCACCAGGCCCACCAGGCGCACCAGCCGCACCAGGCGCACCAACCUCACCAGGCCCACCCCGCUCACCAGGCUCAUGCGGCGCACCAGGCACACCAAGCGCACCAGGCGCACCAGGGGCAUCAGGGGCAUCCUGGGGCCAACAGUCACCUCGGAGCUCACCCUGGCGCGGGCCACAGCGGCCCGGGGCGGCCCAUGCCCGCGGGCGAGCGGCAGGAGGCGCGCUACACAGCCGCCAUCGCGCAACAGGAGGAGGCGCUCAGUCAGACCUAG